CUGUUAAUCUGUCCAGAUUAGUGCAGAUUAGUGUGUGUGUAUUAAUCCGUGUUCUGCAGCGUUUCAGUCUUCAGUCGACAUGUGGAACCAGAAGAACAGGAACAACGGUAUCAUUUUCUCAGUGCUGCUGGUCCUGUCAGGGGCGUCGGCCUUUGUGGAGGAGCUCGAUGAUUCCUUCAUGCAGACAAGAGGAGCCGACGACAUCUGGCUCAUCGAAUUCUACGCCCCCUGGUGUUCCUUCUGUAAACAGCUGGACCCCGUUUGGCAUCAGAUUGGCUCUGAGCUGCGGAGCCUCGGUUCUCCGGUGAAUGUUGGCAAAGCAGAUGCAACCUCCAGCACAGGUUUGGCCAAAGAAUUCCGGGUCAGAGGUUACCCUGCCAUUUUCAUGUUGAAGAAGGACCUCAGGUAUAAUUAUGUUGGACCGAGGACUAAAGACGGGAUCAUGGAUUUCACAAACCGUGUCAGUGGUCCAUCCGUCCGAUCCCUGUCCUCCCUGCAGCUCUUCCAACACGCCCUCAGUCGUCAUGACACCCUGUUUGUUUACAUAGGAGCUACGUCACUGCUGAAGGGAAACUACACAGCUGCAGCCGAGGAGCUGAUCGUUCACACCUACUUCUUCUCUGCAACUAGAGAUGUCCUACCAAAGAUCAUCUCAGUUCCUUCUCUUCCAGCAGUUGUUGUCUUUAAAGAUGGAACCUACUUCACCUACAGUGAGGAACAUGACGGUGAGCUGAGGUCGUGGAUCAACAGAGAACGAUUCUCCAACUUCGCUAAGAUCGACAGCUUCACCCUGUAUGCCAUGGGUGAGACAGGUAAACUGGUGGUGUUAGUGCUGGUGGAGGCGGAGCAUCAGAGUGAACAGAGUCUGAGGUACAAACGUCUGGUGGAGAAUGUCGCCGCAGGGAAUUCAGACAAGUACAAGAGGAGUUUCUACUUUGGUUUCAUGGACGAACCUGAUUAUAUACGUGGACUCACCAUGAGUGAUGUCAUCGUCCCCUCCUUUAUUGUGGUCAAUCUGUCCAAUGACGGCUACUUCCUUCCCUCGGUUGCUGUGGAGACAGAGCAGCAGUUGCUGGACUUCCUUAACCGGGUUCUGGACGGCAGCAUACAGUGUCAGGGAGGAAACGGCAUUACCCAGCGGGUCCAGCGAGUGGUUUAUGAAACAAAGGCAGCUCUGUCGACGGUGUUUGUCCAGGCGCCGCUCCUCGGCUGCCUCCUGAUUGGCCUUCCGUCUGCGAUCAUGGCCUUCGUCUUCUACCUCUGCUUUAAGUCCCGCUCCUCUGACAGCUACGACGAUGAUGACGCAGAUGCAGCAUUAACAGUGUCUUCGCAGCGACGCAAAACGCGCGGUGACAAGAAGUCCGACUGACUGACAUCACACCAAUGAACCAAUCAGAGAUCUAGAGGCAGUUUCAUGGUCAUUGUUUUUCAAUAAAUGUGACAGAAACACUGA